CUUUCUUUUCUGCACUUUGGCCACAGAUGAAGGGUUAAAUAGAAGGUUCUGUUCUGAAUACUCUUAAUUUAUUUUAAUUAAUUACUGCCAUUGAGAAAGUCCUACACUGCAACAGUCACUAAAAUGUCUUUUCAGACAAGAGGAGCAUAUCACCCAAUCAUGAUAAUAAGAGUUUCCAAAGUCAAGAAAGGCACAGUAGGCAGUCAGUAUUAGAUUUCUCUUCUGCCUCAUUUUGCUCCCUGAUUUGGGAGCUAUAGUUGAAUCUUUAGAAGUGCUUUAUGUCAUCUACACCUUGUUUACUUAUCUUAUCUCUGUCUAUGAUCUAGCAUUUGCAUAAAAGUUAAGAAUUUCAUAGUUCCCAUUCACAUCCCACUAUAUUUCAAAUCUCAAUCCCAUGGUUUGCUCCCAUGUGGUAUGAGGUUCGAAACCCCCUAAGGUACCUACCUAGCUAUUUGCUAGUGUUUCCUGCCUCCCAAAGAUUGUAGCGUUUGGCGGGGAGGCUCCAGUUUCGAAUCUGAUCGCUUCGUGGAUUGGGGGAAUUUAUGGGUACCCAAAUAAAUGAUGUUCAUGAGGGAAACCCUGCAAAUGAUCUUGUUGAGAUUAUCAACAACAACCGAACAGCCCAUAAACUUUCAAAACUAAAUGACAGUCCUGGACUCGGUUGCAUUGCGCUGCAAUAUGCCGAAUUGUGCAAGGGGAACUGCUCUAUCAACAACACUGUAAACUGCAAACCAUCUGAAGAUGACUUCACCGAAGUUUUUGCCCCCGAUUGUGGUGUGGAACUACCAACUUUCGGCACCAUAACUGGCCACAUUGUGGGUUGCCAAUCCAAGUAUCUUGAGCCAUCACUAGCUUUUGCGCAUGUUCUUGUUCGAGACAGCAAGGCUUUAUCAAUUCUGAGAAAUAAAUCACAUACCGAGGUGGGUGUAGGCAUGGUUCGGGUUCAUAAAGGGCCAUUCUUUUGGAGUGUUCUUUUCAGCAGUGGGAAGACAAACUCUACAUUUGUUCUUGAAAAUCGCGGUGCAGGGAUCCAGCAAAAGAAAGGGUGCUAUAGUGGAAGCAGCAUACCAUGCAGUGCAGGACAACAGAAUGCUUCUCUGGGUUUGAACAAUGUUAUGAUCAUGGGUUUUCUAUGUGUUGUUUAUCUUUUGAAACAGUUUCACUUCAAUUUGUAAUUCAUGAAACUGAAAUAUUAAACAAGACGUUGCUCAAAAUUUUGUUACA